GAGGCGAGCGCCAUGGACCCGCAGCAGCGCCUCUUCCUCGAGUGCGCGGCCGAGGCGCUCGAGGUCGGCGGCCGGCCGUGCGCGCCCGCGCCGCCGGGGGGCUCCGGCGCGGACGUCGGCGUCUUCGCGGCCUGGGAGACGUCGGACUACGCCUUCCUGCACCAGCGCGCCGUCGACGCGGCCGAGGCCUCGCCGGACGCGUACUGCGGCACGGGCUGGCACGGCUGCGUCGGCGCGAACCGCGUGUCCUACCUGCUGGACCUGCGGGGCCCGUCGCUGGCCCUGAACACGGCCUGCAGCAGCUCGCUGACCUGCGUCGCCGUGGCGCGCAACUCCGUGGAGCGGCGCGAGUGCGCGGCCGCGCUCGUCGGCGGCGCGAACCUCCAGCUCAUGCCCCACUGGUCGGCCGCGUUCGCGGCCGCGGGCAUGCUGAGCCCGACGUUCCGCUGCCGCUUCGGGGACGACGCCGCCGACGGCUACGUGCGCGGCGAGGGCGUCGGCGUCGUGCUGCUCGAGGCCGCGGGCCGCGCGCCGGGCGCCGCCGCCGUCGCCGGCGUCGGCGUCGGCCAGGACGGGCGGUCCAACGGCCUCACGGCGCCGAACCCGGCGGCCCAGGGCGCGGUGCUCGCGCGGGCCUACGCCGACGCCGGCGGCGAGGCCGCGAAGGGCGACGUCGCGGCGCUCGAGGCCCACGGCACGGGCACGCGGCUCGGCGACCCC